UUGUGUUUGCGUCUCUGCGGUGUGUGUGUGUGUGUGUGUGUGUGUGUGUGUGUGUGUGAGAGAAAGAGAGGAAGGAGCUCAGCUAGCUGACAGCUGUGCGAGGCGGCAGAGCUAACCUACUAGCUACCUAUCCCCGAACAAAGGAGACAGUAGCCCUGCCGCCGAGCAGUAAGAUGUCAGAAGGAAUCACUGAAGGCUGUUCAUCGGUCAGUGUCUCAUUGCCACUUUCUACCCUGUCCUGGUCUUUUUUGCUCUUUGUGAGCGUGCUGUCUACUACACAAGCAUCAAGUUGCGUGAGGCCGUUCUCCAUCCAGCAUGGUCAAGUAAACGUGACCGAGACAAACAGAGGCUCGUUCCCUGUGGGCACAGUGCUGCAGUACAGCUGCGAUUUAGGCUACACUGUGGACGGACCCAGCAUCGUCGUCUGCACCAGAGAGGGGCUCUGGUCCUCAGGUCCACCACGCUGUCUCCACAAUAACUAUUGUGUCCCCCCAUUAGAUCCAGAGAACGGGGGUUAUACCUGCCACCCAUCGCCAUGCCAUCAUCUGACUCAUGGCACAGUGGUGGAGUAUUUCUGUGACAAGGGCUACACGCUGAAGGGGGAUUACAAAUACAUCACCUGCCAAAAGGGAGAAUGGAACGGCCCUAUGGAGAUCAGCUGUGUGCUCAGCCAAGGUUGCGUGAGGCCGUUCUCCAUCCAGCAUGGGCAGGUAAACGUGACCGAGACAAACAGAGGCUCGUUCCCUGUGGGCACAGUGCUGCAGUACAGCUGUGAUUUAGGCUACACUGUGGACGGACCCAGCAUCGUCGUCUGCACCAGAGAGGGUCUUUGGUCCUCAGGCCCACCACGCUGUCUCCACAAUAACUUGUGCAGUCCUCCAUUUGUACCAAAGAACGGGGGUUACACCUGCCAUCCAGCAUCAUGUCAUCGUCUCACUGAUGGCACAGUGGUGGAGUAUUUCUGCGACGAAGGCUACACGCUGAAGGGAGAUUAUAAAUAUGUUACCUGCCAGAACGGAGAAUGGAACAGUCCCAUGCAGAUCAGCUGUGUGUUCAGUCAAGAAAAGCAUGCAGCUCCUGCGCUGGGAAUGAAUACGCUGUCCAUUGUGGCCACCACAGCCAGCUCUGUAGCACUCGUCCUUCUCCUGAUGGUGGUGUUCGUUUUACUGCAACCCAAGCUGAAGGCAUUUCAUCACGGACGGCGUGAUCAGGGAGACUCCGGGCAGACGGUCAGCAUCAUGGUGGAGGGUGUGCAGGUUACCUUACCAUCCUACGAGGAGGCUGUGUCUGGAGCCGGAGCUGCGGUUUUGCCUCGGCUGCUACCGCAAACACAGCUAGAGUCUAUGGAGCAUGCGCUAACCCAGACCUCAACAACAAAUGCUCAACACACAGAGGUCUCAGUGAUACAUCAGCCGCCAUCUUUAUCCUCCUUCUCCUCCUCCUGGAGCUUGGACGGUGCCCAGGGAGCGACAGCAGCGUCCUCAGCCUUUCAGUGCCAGAAUCCAGACGCGAGUCAGCAAAACAGUUUACCGUCUCUAAACGGCUCAGAGCAGAACCUCGCUGACGACAUUCCCUUAUUAAAGGAAUCCUGAGAGUUUCUGUCACAGCCUCUGUUGUUGAGGCCACAAAGACUGCAGCCGCACACGCCUGACUGCCAUGAUCUGACUUUGAGCUGCAUCUCUGCAACACACAGCCCAUCUCAGGUGAUUCUGAACUAGACCGACCUGAUGCCCUGCGUGAGACACCAGUUCUGUCCAGUCAAGAACUUGCAAAUUAUUUACACACACACACACACACGCGCGCGCUUAAAUCCUUCACAGCUUUUUGAUUCCUCUGUGUCAUUGGACGUGUAGCAAAGACACAACACUGUACAAAGGGUUCAUGUUUAUCAAGGCCUUUUAUAGGAUUUAAAUCUUAUUUUGCCAGUUGAUUUGAAAUAAAGAGAUACCCCAACACACA